UGAAAUGUGUCAAUGCACCUGAGUAUUCGUUGUCUAUUUUCGGAAGAAGCAUCAAUUGUAAUCGCUGUGUUCCGUUGUUGGUAAAUCCCUUCAUAUCAUCUAGCGAUAACAUCAAUAUCGGACCAAUAUGAUAUUGCUUUUGUGAAUUUGUGGUAACAGCGAAGCAACAGUGUAGUCUGAAGUAAGCAUAAAAUAAGAAUGUUAACACAAUUUGCUGGAAAUUUAUCGUGCACUGUGGAGCCAGGACAAAUUUUUGUCAUCGGCGCAAGACCUAUUGAUGAUGCGGAGAGAUAUCAAUUUUCUAUCUGGAAAAUCUGAUGAAGCAGAUAAUAUUUUGCAUAUGUCAAUACGUUUUCUAGAAGAUAUCAUUGUUCGCAAUACGAAACUUUCGAACAGUUGGGGCCCCGAAGAACGAAAUGAUGGUUUAAGUGAGCUAACGGCUCCUAAUCCUGUUAGAGCAGGAGAGCUAUUCAAAUUGUACAUAUUGGUUGGGGAUGACAAGUUUCAUAUUGCGAUAAACGGACAGUCUUAUUGCACAUAUAUGUUUCGAGCACCUCUUUUGGAAAUUCGCUCUAUAACAAUCUUCAAAGAUGUCCAGCAAAUUAUUCAGAUCGAUCAUAGACAAAUAUUUCCAACACCGUUUCCUGCCAUCCAGUUAGAGGAAUCAUUCAACUCAUUCAGUAACGAUGUCCCGAAGCCUUUUCUUCCAGGUCAUGUGAUUGUUAUCACCGCCAUACCAUUUGGGAAUCCUCGUGGAGGUUUCAUUAUUCGCUUUACUGAAAAUGGAUCAAAAAGACAGGCCUUGCAUUUUAAUCCACGGUUUGAUCCACACUAUAUAGUUGUCCGCAAUUCACACACGGACGCUCUAGAAUUCCGGCGAGAAGAAGAACGUACUGGAGGCUUUCCGUUUGUGCUGGAUCAACAAUUUAAAUUGGCAAUUGCUAUGACAGAAAAUGAAUUCAAAUUUGCGGUGAAUGGAAGUUUGUUUGAAUCCUAUGCUUACCGUAGUAUUAAUCAACUGGAUGUCCUGAACGGAUUUAAGGUGCAAUGCAGUAACGGUAUGCAACUUGAAAUCACCAACGUUGAUCACAUGAAUAUGGGUGUACCGGAUUGCGAGGGUUUUGAAAGCUACUCACACCCAGAAGUAGAGAUUUUUUAAUUGAUGUAAUUUCUUCUGUUCAUUGUUCGUCUGUUAUCAAAAUUGAACGAUUAAAUUUAUUUCAAUUUAUGCAC